CUCCGACGUUACCACCUGUUAUAUUAUUCUUCCCUUCCGACCGAGCGCCUCGUUUUCGUUAUCUUUCGUUCUACGUAACGCUGGCCUUGCCUUGAUCGACCAACGAUCGACCAUCAUCACUCCGUCAUCCGUUCGUUCUACUCCUCGCGGAACGACGUCCUGGAAGUUGCUUUUUCGAGUGAAAAAGUGCUUCGUAUCUCUUUUCCACCGUUUCGUCUCUCUCUUUCUCUCUCUCUCUUUCUUUCUCUUUCGCGCGCGCUGCAACGAACUAAGCAUUUAACAUCAUCGUUUCACGUGAUCCAACGGAACGGAGAUAUUUCGUUCGAGGGAAGAUUCCUUUGGCCAAUUUACAAGAUACACUCGUUCCCAGUUUUUCAACACAAUGAUGUUGAUGAGCGUGCUAGUGUCUCUAUUGUUCGUCGUUAUGGCUAAAUGUCAUCCCAUAUCCUACAACACAUACGACGAAAGAGAAUUGUCACGGGAUCAUCCACCACUCUUACUUCUCGUUGAUCACCGAAUUCCGGAUUUAGAGAAUGAAAUGUUCGACUCGGGAAACGAUCCAGGAUCAACAGUAGUCCGAACGAAACGUCUUGAAUCAAAACGUAUCGGAUCAUUGUCGAUCGUGAAUUCUAUGGAUGUGUUACGACAAAGAGUUCUUCUUGAACUUGCUAGACGUAAAGCGUUACAGGAUCAAGCUCAAAUCGACGCCAAUCGUCGUCUUUUGGAGACGAUUGGAAAAAGAUCGUUACCUCUUUACGGCGGAAACAUGUCUAAAACCGGCGAUUCAAGAUUGAAAAACGAAUUUGAAUACAUACUCGAGCAACAAGGAAAAAAUCAUGAUCGAAACGUGGCACCGGAAAGAAUUUCCGAAAGACUGCAGGAUUGGCUUCAUAACGAUGAUUCGGCAUUUCGAGAAAGACAGGAUGAUCAAACGCGAAGGGCGCAAACAAAUGAGCUACGUUUACUGUAAUCGACACUCAAGGAGAACACUCACAAUCAAUUUUCGCUAUAUUACGAUUUUUUAUCUAAAGCUAAUGAAUUGCAUAUAGUUUAUCUAUUAUUCGUCAUAUUUCUCAGGUUAUAUAUAUAUAUAUUAUAUAUAUAUAUAUGUAUACAAACAUGUAUUUAUACAUUUUGUGGCGUGCAAAAUUCAUUAUUUAAUACGUAUUUCAUUCAUGAAUUAUAUGCAAAUUAUUCAUGUCAAGCAUAAAAUAAAUAUUAGUAUUCGCGCAUGAUAUAUUCGUAGAAAGCAAAAAAUUUAAGAAAUAGAAUGUAACAGUAUUUAUUUUCUUAUUUUCGUUUUAAUUUUAAUAAUCAUUUUAAUCGUAACUAGUUUAAUUUUGUAGCAUCCAGAAAGGGAAGAAAGUAGAAAUAAUAAUGAAAAAUAUAAAGUAAUUUUUCUUAUUGAUAUUUGAAAUUUAAUGUUAUAAUUUGAACUUAAACAUUUUAUUUUUUUCUAUUUCUUCCUUUUCAAUAGCGCAAAAAUAUGUAUAUGAAACAAAACAGUAUUAUGCGUUGUGAUCCCACAAAGUCUGCCCAAUCCAACAAUCUACAUAGAAGACAUUUUAUAUCCAAUAUUGGAUAUAAUUUAAUGUAAAUGUUUUUUCACAUUAGAGUUAAGUUUUAUGAACACAAUGAUAGAAAUAUUAUAAACUAUUUUAUUAUAAAUAAUAAUUUAAAAACGUAAAUAUUGUAACUUUUAAUUGAAAUUAACUAUGGAAAAAGAUUAUAAAAUUGUAUUUAUCUAUUGUACAGUAAAAUUUUUUGAAUCAUGCAA